UAGACUUUUUUUAAUCACAACCGACGCUCAUUAGUUUUAUUCCUAUAACUAUAAAUAGAAGUAAAAGAACACUACAAAAGAGAUGAUUGUUCACAAUUACUCCCCUAGUCAAUCCUAACAGCUAAUUUACAACCCAACUUCUCCUCACACACACACAUACAUUAUAUAUCCGGAGAAGAAAGAAGAGAAUUUUGUUCCAAUUAAAUUUUGUAAUCAAAUCAAUGGCUGAAAUAGAGAGGUGUGAUGAGGAGAUGCCUAGAGUUAUACACUUCAUGGGGUCUGUUGUUGAAAGAGUGGCAGAAUCAAAUGAUAGAUAUAGUGGCCAAAAGGUGUCGAUAUUUGAUGGACUUACUAGGCCUACAAUUUCUGUUCAAAGUUAUUUGGAGAGGAUAUUCAAAUAUGCCAAUUGUAGCCCUUCUUGUUUCAUUGUGGCUUAUAUUUAUCUUGAUCGAUUCUCACAGAGGCAGCCAUUGUUGCCAAUCAAUUCUUUCAAUGUUCAUCGCCUACUCAUCACUAGUGUCUUGGUUUCUGCUAAAUUCAUGGAUGAUAUAUUUUACAAUAAUGGUUACUAUGGAAAAGUAGGAGGAAUAAGCACAAGAGAGAUGAACCUGCUAGAAGUGGACUUCUUAUUUGGAAUAGGGUUUCAAUUAAACGUGACUCCCACAACGUUCCACACCUAUUGCUCUUAUCUCCACACUGAGAUGUUGAUGCUUGAAAUUCCAAUGCCUCUCAAAAUUGACAACCAACAAUAUUGUUGCAUCAAUGACGAUGAAUCCUCCACUCAUAAGCUAGCUAUUUCACAAAUAAUACAAAAAUUACUGGACUAAUUUUGUCACUAGCUUGGUCAAGAUUCUAUACUCCUUGGCCGGCCUUAUCAAGUUGUAAACAAGAAUUAUACAUGUUGCAACUUUAUGGAUUCUUGAUGUUCCAUUUUUGAACGUUUUCUUAAUGAGUUUUGCCGCAGAAUCGGACUUUCC